UCCGGCCGGCAGCCAUGGGCAGCAUCUACAAGGAGUACUUCAACGCGGAGAAGAUCCGGGAGCAUUACAACUACACCAAGGAGGGCUCGGAGAGCGCGCCGAGCGCGUCCCGCUGGGCCCUCUCCAUGCUCAUCGUGGUGGUCUGCUGCCUCAUCGUGCUGGAGAACCUGCUGGUGCUCGUCUCCGUGUGCCGCAACAAGAAGUUCCACUCGGCCAUGUACAUCUUCAUCGGCAACCUGGCCGCCUCCGACCUGCUGGCCGGGCUGGCCUUCAUGGCCAACAUCCUGCUCUCCGGGGCCACCACCUUCAACCUGACGCCGGUGCAGUGGUUCGUGCGCGAGGGCACGGCCUUCGCCACGCUGGCGGCCUCGGUCUUCAGCCUGGUGAGCGACCUGCGCGACUGCUCCACCGUCCUCCCCCUCUACUCCAAGCGCUACGUGCUCUUCGUCAUCACCAUCUUCACCCUCAUCCUCCUCGCCAUCGUGGGGCUCUACAGCCACAUCUACUGCAUCGUGCGCUCCAGCCACGCCGAGAUCGCCACCGCCCAGACCCUGGCGCUGCUCAAGACGGUCACCAUCGUCCUGGGGGCCUUCAUCAUCUGCUGGCUGCCGGCCUUCAUCAUCCUCCUCAUGGACGCCUCCUGCCCCGUCCGGGCUUGCCGCAUCCUCUACAAGGCGAACUAUUUCUUCGCCUUCGCCACGCUCAACUCGGCCGCCAACCCCGUCAUCUACACGCUGCGCAGCAAGGACAUGCGGCGCGAGUUCCUGCGGGUGCUGGCGUGA